AUGCCUGCUGUCAUGUCCCGCUUUGGCGGUGUUGCCUGCAGGCUGGCACGUGGGUUCCAGGUGCCGACCCGGUGCUUUGCAUCGGUGGAUCCAGUCGUCGCGCGCGCGCGCGAGCUGCAGAAGCUGCCCUACGAUGAGAAGAAGGAGGGAGAGGUCAAGGCCCCGAGCUAUGUGGGCUGGGACAAGGAGAUUGAUGACGACUUCAAUAAGCUCACGGUUGGUGCGAUCAAGGGUGGCAGGCCAUAUGAGAAGAUUUGCGACUCUGCCCUUGACUUGAUUGGCUUCACUCCGAUGGUGCGCAUGUCUCGCCUGUCCAAGUUCUUGGAUGAUGUUGAUUGCGACUGGUUGGGGAAGGUUGAGCUGUUCAAUGCAGGAGGCUCCGUCAAGGACCGCAUUGCCAAGCGAAUGGUUGAGGAGGCAGAGAAGAGCGGCCGCAUCAAGCCUGGCGACAUCCUGAUCGAGGCCACCAGUGGAAACACCGGUGUCGGCCUGUGCCUGGUCUCCGCCAUCAAAGGCUACAAGCAGAUCAUUUGCUUGCCCCAGAAGAUGUCGGGGGAGAAGGUGAACACCAUGAAGUGCCUGGGAGCUGAAAUUCUGCGGACGCCCACCGAGGCGGCCUGGGAUGCCCAAGACAGCCACAUCUUUCUGUCUGCGCGCCUGGCGAAAGACUUGGGCGGCCAUGUCUUGGACCAGUACAAGAACCCGGGGAACCCUUUGGCACACUACGAUGGCACCGCGGAGGAGAUCGCGGAGCAGUGCGAAGGAAAGCUGGACUAUAUGAUCAUGUCGACAGGCACCGGUGGCACCAUGACUGGCGUCGCCAAGAAGCUGAAGGAGCUCAUUCCGGGUGUGCAGGUGGUUGGCGUGGACCCGUACGGCAGCAUCCUGGCCGAGCCUGCGGAGGUGAACGAGAAGUCGACCCGCACUGGGCAGGAGAAGUUGUCGGCGUACCACGUUGAGGGCAUCGGCUACGACUUCAUCCCGACCGUCCUGGAUCGAGAGAUUGUGGACCACUGGGUGAAGACGGACGACGACGAGGCCUUCGCCAUGUGUCGUGCCUUGGUGCGGCACGAGGGUCUUUUGAUCGGCGGAUCCUGUGGGUCGACGGUGGCCGGAGCCUAUCGCUUCAUCAAGGAGAACAAGAUCGGCAAGGACAAACGAUGUGCUGUUCUUCUGGCAGAUUCUGCCAGGAACUACAUGAGCAAGUUCAUGGAUGACGGAUGGCUCGAGCAGAGUGGCUUUGACCUGGCAAAGAUUCAUGCUGCUGUGUUCGAGAAGGGAUCCUAUGACAAGCUUUUCCACGUGAAGUGA